AUGAAAUCUUCAACCACCAAUGCAGUUGAGCAAUUACCCUUUCAUGCCUCUCAUUCUCUCUCAGGUGCUCCAGAACGAAUAGAGGAGCCAACGAAUUCUAACAGUGGAUUUGACUUUUUCUCUUUUCCAAACUCGAAUCCAUUCAUGUCUCCUUCUGAUACUGGAGUGAGUAAUCCUUUUCUCUCCUCCUCAGGUGUAAUGCAGAGUGGAAGUAGUGGAGGCGGUGGAGCAGGAGGCCAACUGUCCAAUCCAUUUGGUCUCUCUUCUCCCAACUUUACACGAGAACGAAGAUUGUCUUCCAUCUUUGAUUUGGAGAAUUCUCGAGAUUCAGACAUGAUGUUAGAUCGGAACAAGAGUUUAAGUGCCUUUUCAUUUGGAGGAGCAGGUAACCUUGCUACUGGAGAGAAUAGUAAUCAAUCCUUGAUGGGAUCCUCCAAAGUUUCAAAAUCCCAGCUAUUAACUCAACAACAACAAAUUACAUCGUUUGAUCAGGCCAUUCCUCUUCUCAAUACCUCAAAGAGUGGAACUGGUAUGAACAAUUCAACUUCAUAUGUGGAUCCAUUCCCUUCUGAGCAUUCUCUCUUCUCGUCAUGUUCCUUCUCCAUGAAUGCAUCUAAAGGUGGACUAUUAAGCUCUCCCACUCCAGCAGGAGAGCAAACCACCGCAAAUUCUACUGGAAUGACUUCCUUUGUUCAGGCAGCCGUAGACAAAAGACAACAACAAGGAGUCGUUCUCUCCAGUGGAGGUAUUGGAACAAGUCUAUUGGAAGAGGCAGAGUUUUCCAAAUCAUCAUCUUCCUUUCCUUCACCUCCUCAAUUCGGUACUUCGACAAGGAAAGGUACCUCGUCAGUUCCACCCCCACCCAAUAUGAUGCCUUUAAGCAUGACCAGUAGUACUCAACCAUCGGCGACGGGAAGCAAGCAAACCCAGCAACAACAGCAGCAGUAUACGUUACUUCAGGAGGGUCAAUCCUUCUCUCCACUACCUCCUGGAUCUACCUCCAACGCUCAGCAGCAGCAGCAAAAUAUGCAAAAUCUCUUUUUCCAAUACAUGUCGAAUCAAAGUGCUGCUGCUGCUGCUGCCACUCAACAAGCCUCAGGUGUACCUCAAGGAACUGCGGGCAAUAUUGCUGGUGGUUCAACGACAGGUGCACCUUCGGGUGGAAUCACUCAUCAACCCUUCAUUUGGACUUCUGCACUCUAUCCUCAAUCUGCUACUGGAGGCGAUGCAAAUCAACAACAAAUGGGUCCUUCUUCUCAACCACCUGGUGCAUUCACCUUCCAAGAUCAAGUUCAAAUGAUGAAUCAACAAAUGUUGCAACAAGCAAAUGCAUCUGGAGGAAAUAGUACUACCGAUUUCCUUAAUCAUCCAUCCACUGCUGGUGCGUUUAUACAGAAUUAUCAAUUACUCAACCCAAGUGCUGUAAGUUACAGACAACAUGCACAAACCUACUCGAGUGGUAGUAGUACCACAGGAUUCAUGGAUGCUGCUACCUUGCUCUCUCAACAACAUCAGCAAGGUGGAAUCUACAAAGGAACCUCCACUCCAUUGCAAAUCAAUACCACACCCUCAGCACUCUCUCAAACUCAGAGAUCCAUUCUUGGAAGUAGUUCUCUGCCAGGUAUUAGUAUUGGUACUCCUUCUACUCCAUCGCCUCAACUUGCUCAAUCCUCUUCACCUCAAGAUCAAUCUGCAAGCAGCUCUGGAAGAAAACGAAAGAAACAACAAGGUACCACUACCACCACCACUACGCCUCAACAAAAAUCGACCUCUCGAUCAUCCAAAAACAAGACCAAUGAAAGUGUCUCUUCUCAGAAUGUCGUUGCUACCACGAGUGGUGGUGGUGGUGGUGGUGGUGCACCACGUGAAGCUAAAAAAAGAAGAAAGAAUGUAGUGGGUCAUUCGACCGAGUCUGAACUCUCAAAUCAUGGCAUACUCUCCUCAGGAGUUGGAGAAGAGAAUAGUAGAGAAUUAAUCUAUUCGAAAGAAAUGCAAGGCUCAUCCUUGAAUCCAUCCUCACUAGAAUCAGGAGGAAUGGACUCUCAACAUGCCUUUGAUCAUUCUCAACAAGGUCUCAUGGAAGAAGAUGAUUCCAAUGAUGCAAAUGGUCAAAAGAAAUUCUGUUUUAGAAAUUUAAUUGUUGAAAAGAGUUCUCAAAAGAUGAAAUUUGUAAAUUCAGAUAUUAAGGAAGAAGGAACAAAUCAAGGAGCAUGGUCCGAGAGAGAACAUCAAGCAUUCUUGAAAGGUCUUCAAGAGUUAGGUUAUGGAAAAUGGAGAGAAAUUGCUGAUCGUUACGUUAAAACUAGAACUAGAAUUCAAGUGGCAUCACAUUCUCAAAAGUAUCAUCAACGAUUAGAAAGACAAGCAAGAAAGAAGAAGAAACAACAACAAGCAAAGAGUGGAAAGAAGAAUGGAGAUGGUGUGGAUGAGGAAGGAGCAAGUAGCUCUACUCACUUGAAUCAAUAA